AUGCUCGAAUCUGAACCUCUGGGAGCCCCAGUUCCCGCCUGCAGGAGCGGCUCCCCAAGACUUGCUGAGAGGCUCCCGGGGCUAAGUGAGCCUCCGGGACUGGAAGAGGCGCUGAGUACGCUGGGGUUGGAGGGAGAGCGUGCUUAUGCCCAGGACAUCUUCACUGAAGUCAUGGUGUGCCGCGCACUGCCUAGGAGGGCCCUGCCACGCACUGUGACCCCAGAGAUGCGUGCGCUGGUGGUGGACUGGCUGGUUCAGGUGCACGAGUACCUGGGCCUGGUGGGGGACACGCUGUACCUGGCUGUGCACCUGCUGGAUUCCUAUCUGUGUGCGUGCAAAGUGCGCCUCCGCCGGCUGCAGUUGCUGGGGGUGGCCUGCUUGUUUGUGGCGUGCAAGAUGGAGGAGUGUGUGCUGCCCGAGUCUACCUCCCUCUGCCUCCUGGGCGCUGGAUCUUUCUCGCGUGCUGAGCUUCUCCGCGCUGAGCGCCGCCUCCUGAGCCGCCUGGAUUUCCGACUGCACCACCCGGGCCCGCUCCCUUGCCUCGGGCUGCAGGCGGCGCUGGCUGGGAGCAACCCCCAGGAGCUGCUCCUCGCCACCUAUUUCUUGGAGCUGUCUCUGCUGGAGGCCGAGGCUGCGGCCUGGGAACCUGGUCGCCGCGCGGCUGCGGCGUUGAGCCUGGCGCAUCGUGUGCUCGGCGGGACGGGCUCCGGCCCGAAGCUGGCGCUUUACAGCUCUGCGGAACUGGGCGCCCUGGAGAGGCGCAUGGCGCGCGCGGCGCUCCGAGGCCCCGCGCCGGGCCGCGCCGCCGUCUUCCUCAAGUACGCGCGGCCCCAGCGCCAGGGCACCAGCCUGACCGCCGCCCGCCUGCUCCGCCACCACCCGCCUGGGCCGCCCUGACCCCCGAG